AGUCACGUAUUUUUGUCUGCAAACUUCAYCAGGAUGAGUGAGCGUGCUGGAGGCGAUAGAGUCGAUCGGCAGAAGAAGUCGGCAAUCGCCGAUGAGUCGAAUAGUGUGCUGGCAGGAUUGUUUGUUCCUCCGCUGUAUCCUUCUACACCCCAAAGGAACACAGGAUCUGAUGAUACCGGCGGUGACGGUGCGGGUUCGGUGUCACACAUGAUGAAAUUGUUUGCUCCUUCCAUUGCUAACGCUSCUUCCAUUGCACCCCCUACUGCGACAACAAGCACAUCCGAACCAUCAUUUUGGCUUUCUCCGAACACAAACAACCGAAUGAACUCUCUGCUUGCGGCACAGAAUUCACCUGACAACAGGCAAGGGGAAGAGGCGCCUCUUUUGGGAGGAUACGGUCUGCACACACCACAACCCAGUGUGGACAACACAAAUUAUUCCCAAAUAUCGUCGUCAUCCUCCGCCGGCGACCUUGAGAAAACGCCAAAGACCAGCUUGUGUUCGUAUGGCGGUGUUGGCAACAAUGGUGAUCGAAACGGCAAUGGGAUUGCUGGCCAUGCUCGGCAUAUGUCGGGGGCGGGUCACGCSCGUGUAYCGUCGGUCGCGAUGCCUUCUAUUUCUGAAAAUCGCGCUCAAACAAUCCUAGCGCAACCCGAUUUGAAUCAAAAUAUGAACGCCAACGACAAGGAUUGUAAUUGUGACAAAAACACAACGGAUCGCGUCUCCAAUACUUGUACCCAUACAGGCAUCUUUCUACGAACCACGRAAGAGGCUAUCUAUUCGUUAUUUGAAUCCACGACAUAUAUUGGCUCGUUCGUGUACUUGCUAUACCACGUCGUGUUUUGCCUAGCCUUGGGAUCAGCCAUUAUGCGACCCAAWAAUCCCAUCUCUAUCUUGGGACUAAUGACGAAAACUGCCGCUUUGGGAACGCUAGUAGCCUCUCCGAUUUACUGGAUCAAGCUUUCUAAUGAUAUACCGGCACUUUAUCCAACCGCAGACUUAUUUUUGGCUCCAUUUCUUGCCAGAUUGGCGACACACGUGGAUGAUGUCCUAGCAAACGAUUCAGCGGUUACGGAAGAAGAAAAUGAUGCCGUGUUUUUGGCUUCGUUUGGAGUUUUGACCGCCAUCGGGAUGGCCUUGAGUGCGUGCCUGAUCAUGGCGGCGAGCGUAUUCAAACUAGCAAAUUUGGGAUCUUAUUUGCCAUUUCCAGUUAUUUGUGGGUUCUUUUCAGCGGUCGGAAUUCUCACCUGGACAUUAGCCAUCAACGUAGACACUGGAGGAAAGACUAUUGGGGUGAUUCUCACAAGUGGCGAUUUCGAUUUGAUACGCUAYGCUUUGAUUCAUCACAUUCCAACAAUCAUUGUGGCGGGAUUCAUGAAAUACCUUGGACCGAAAAAUCCUUUCUUUGUCUGUUUGGUUGUCGUUGUCACAAUUGGACUCUUUUAUGGUUACAUGCUUGUCACGGGAACACCGCUCCAAGAAAUGAAAGARGAGGGUUGGUUUUGGUCACACGAAGAACUUGUUUAUGACAAUGAUUCAUCAACGUUGGGCUUUGACGCGUGGGCCCCGCCGGCUCCAUUCGCUGUUUUGGCGGUCAUCUAUCAGGUUCAUUGGGGUGCUGUUCGGAAUGGUAUUUCUACUGCAAUUGCCAUGAGCUUCUUAUAUUUGAUUCGCUGUUCUGUGUACGUAUCAACAAYGCUGUUUUCCUGUCACGCCAUCAUUUUGCUGAUUACAUUUGUACGAAACGAUGGCCCUAGCUACUCUGAAACUGACCUACUCAAUUUCUUAUAUCCCUCAUAGRCAUGGGGCUGCCCUCAAAAAGAAUAUAUCUAACUUGUCACGAAAGGUUUUAUCGGCGGAUUUAAAUAAAUCCGAAACUUUAAMAGCGUCAGCAGAGUUUAAGAAUGAAAAUGACAUUCGUGGCACACCCGGAAGAAUCUCUAAGCCUAAGUCGCGAAAAUUCUCCGAAGCUGUCGACAUUGAAGCAGUGAUGUCCCAGCCCACACCCCAAGGCAUGACACGCAGCAGCAGAAGCAUUAACGAUAGUGAAGAAAAAUACCAGAUUGUCCACGCAACUUCAACCAGCAAAUCACUGAAAGAGAUAUCUUUGGCUUAUGGAUGUAGUCAGGUCUUCAAUGUGGUUGCAGGAGGAUUUGCGGUUACUCCUUCAGGUAAGCUCGAUAAUGUSUAUUGCACGUUCCAAUCGGUCAAUUUUCGUCUCACUUAAUGGCUUACUAUACUUCAAUCAGUGGCCUCCUCUAGUACAAUGUUCAUGUUGGGCGCUGAUGGUCUUGCCCCACAAAUAGGAUCAGUUCUCCUKCUUUUGAUAUUCUACUUGACAGAUUUUCAGAUUGUUGGAUACAUUCCAAAACCUGCCUUUUCGUCGAUGCUAGUACUGUCGUUUUUCGAUAUGAUAAACACAUGGUUCUUCAAGUCAUUUCUGAAGACGAAAGACAAAAUGGAGUGGGUGGUUGUUCCUGUAAGUCCUAUAAUGGUUGUGAUCGCUGCUUGUUCCUUCUCCCAAAAGAGCCAUCCCGUUUUUGAAACUUAGUACUAACACUGGGAACUUCUCUCCUUCAGGUUAUUGUGAUUUGUGCUUUUGUUCUGGAUUUGCUAUCGGCUGUGUUCCUAGGUAUUGCUCUCUCGACUUUCAUUUUCGUGGGUGCCUUCUUCCGAAGUGGCGUUGUGAAAUAUGUCGCAAACGGUCAAUCCAUYAAUUCAACAAUAGAGCGACCGAGCUCUCGUAUGUCUCAAUGGUUGAACGAGAACGGCUGUCGAAUUCAAGUGAUUUGUCUCCAGAACUAUCUCUUCUUUGGAAAUGCGUCGUCUAUCUAUAACUACGUGUUCGAAUUAUUCGAGUCCAACAAAGAAGACGAAUCGCCGYUGUUAGAAAGCAAAUCGAAGUAUUUGAUACUGGAUUUGACGCUGGUAACUGGGAUGGACACAAGCACGGUUGAUGUAUUUUCUCAAAUCAAAAACUUGUGCGAAGGGAAUCAUUGCAAACUAUUCAUGGCCGGCAUGUCUAGCAACAUUCGAUCCAUUUUAGCACUUGGUGGGUUUAAAGCAGACAAAGGUGUCCGGUCGAAACGGCAGCUCCGUUUUUUUGCGAGCUUGGAUGCCGCUCUGGGAAAGGCGGAAGACAUGCUUUUAGAGUCGGAUUAYGAUGAUCGAAUAGAUCAAGUGCGAACGAGGCAUCUGAUUAGGAGAAGGGAUUCUGGCUUUCAAGCAGCGUUGCGUUACAUCGAUAACGGCGUAAGUUGUUUUUGUUUUUGAAAGUGAUKUUUUUGGAAAUUGCCCCAACUCAGAAAUCUAAUUCCAACCAACUCUGUUUUCCUCUGCGACGCAGCACGGAGACAACAUUUGUCGCGAGCUUGCGGGGCUCGAAAAGUAUACAACGAUGCUGGAACUACAGGUGAGCAGAGCAAAAUAUGUUUGGUUUUGAAAAUGUCCCAACCUGCUGGUUGYAGUUCAUUUUGACAGAAACUCAAUGAAUCUUUUUCUGUACCCCUUCCCGUUUCUGCUCGAUCAAUGUUUACGAAUCGGUGCGUUUGAUACCUUGGAAUGCCGUGCACCGGCAGCCUGGCGAGAUACUAUACAGCGACGGAAAAUCCAAGGGCAUAGAGCGGGGAUUGUUUUUCAUUGAAGCCGGCAUUCUCAAAGAAGAGCGCGACACGGGGAACACGGCAACGUGGGGACCGAAACCGGCGGCAUCUUCCCCAUCCGGCACGGGGGGAUCCCAAGACACGCUGACGAGGAUGCGGCGGCGCUCCCUGAAGGCGGAUCUGGGYGCCGGCUCGGAAAGCCAAACCUUUCGCCUCGCGCGACUCGGCGUGGGUUGGGUGGUGGGCACGAUGGAAUUCUUCGAGACGAAACGCCUGGGGAACCAGGUCGCACUGGACCACUGCCGGCUCCACCACCUGCCCUUUUCGAAACUCGGGGAAGCGGAGCUCGAGGAUCCGAUCGUAGYAUUGAAACUCUACAAGCUCUUGUCCCGUCUGAUGGCGCGACAACAGGAAGCAACGAUUGGUCAGCUGGCAACGCUYCAUUCCAUCAUGUCUUCGCCUGCGCGCUGAGGUCAUUGGGACACGAACURCUACUCGUAGAAAACAAAAGUGUUUCCAAGAA